UGGCAACUUGGUUAACAAUAUGGCCGCGGAUUUAAACCACUGAUCACCAGUAACAAAUAAUUUGCAAGAAUGCGACUUAGAAAGAAUACUGCAUAAUUUUUAAUCAGAAUUUUAAAACAAAAUGUCAACGUCAAGUUCAGUUAAGAACGAAUCAAUUGGCAAAUCAAUUGAACCAUCGAAAAACCCUAAAACACCAGAAAAAAAUGAAAGUGUUGUAAGUGAUGCAACAGAAACAAUAAUUAAGCCAAAAAGGAAACCUAAACCAAAGAAACAAAAAAAGGAACCAGAUGAGUGGAAAACGUUGUCGAUGGAUAAGCUGGAGAAUCGGCUGACAAUGAAGGACCUCAACAAAUUACAAAGAGGUUUUAUGGUACUGUAUAUUUCUGGUUUUGAUUGGGAGGCUGUUGAAGCAUGGAUGGCUUCUCAGGAACUUCCUGUCAUAGAAACUCUAAGUUCUCGGUCAAUAGGAACACAUUCUCAAUAUGACUUUGAGGAUUUUCAGAGUGUGACUGGUGGUGAUGGAACACAGGAAGGGAAGUUGAUAUUGGACAGGGAACAGUUCUGUGAUGCUCUAUCUAUUUUGUUAGACAAAGGAACAAAGGAGGAGUAUGGAGACUUGUUUGACAAGAUUGAUGUGGCCAGAGAAGGGACAGUUGAUUGGGACAAGUUGGCUUCUCACAUGUUGUUAGAGUUUACAGAGAGGGAUGAUAAAGUCAAGUCCACACAAGUUCCUCAGUGGAAAGACCUGAAAACAUUCCAAAGUCCUCAUAAGGAUAUUAUCCAGAGAGUUUCCUGUAUAAAGAAUAAUAAUAGAUAUGUGGCUAUUAGUAAGGAGGGAACCAUAUCAAUGUGGGGACAAGAUCUGAAAGCUCAGAGGGCAAUUAAAACACAGACAGAUUCAUGUAAAACCAGAGAUUUAUGGGUUACAGAUUUUGUCAUUUUACAAAAUAUCAACAAAAUUGCUCUUUCGUUCACAAGUAAAGAAAUAGCCAUAUAUGACAUGAGUACCAAGAUGGAGUUCAGUCCACAGUAUAAAAUACAGAAUUUACAUCACACACCACUAAGUUUGGACUACUGGUCCAACCCAAACAAUGUCAAUGAGGCCAUGUUGGUGUGGGGAGAUGUAGGAGGAUACAUAAAUGCUUUAUACUUUAGCUCGGUAACCAUGGCGUUGUUUGAUAGACCACCAGCUCCAGCAGGAGAAAAACAAGCAUCUGCAUUAAGUGAGCCGUGUUUGAAUGUAAACAUCAAUGAUGUAUCCAGUGACGUGGCCAAUGCUAAGUACAAGAAUGUGGUCUACUUCUUCAAAGAUUGUCAUAAAGGACAGUGGGUCAGGCAAGUGAAGUAUUCACAGUAUUUAGAUGCCUUUAUCAGCUGUUCUACUACCAAUAAUAACUCUAUGGCCAUAGCUAAGAUGGAGAAGGCAGGUACUUCAGAGAAAGGCCCUUCUGGACAACAAAUAGACAAGAACAAGCCUGUUAGCAGAAGUAUAAGUCGUAGGCCAACAUAUUUUGACAUAUCACAAGGAGUCAAUGCUUUUGAUUACAGCCAGAAUUUGAACUUGAUUGCUACUGCAGGUGUAAACCACCACAUAUGUCUGUGGAAUCCUUAUGUCAACUCUAAACCUAAUGGUGUAUUAAGAGGUCACAUGGCCAGUGUUGUACAGGCACAGUUUAUGAAGUCUAGAAGUCAGCUGAUCAGUUUCUCUAAAGAUAAAGUGUUACGUAUCUGGGAUGUCCAGUUACAAGUCUGUAUACAGAGAUUAGCUGGCAUGUUCCCUAAAGGACCAGAAGUUCACAGUACUCUAUUCUUUGAUGAAGGAAAAGAUAGGAACGGGUUAGAUAGAAAUCGUUUGUUCCUGACAUUCAACUAUCAGCUGACUUUGUUAGAGAUGAAGGCAGAGAUCAGAGAUAGGAUCUUGUCACAUGACAAACCAGUUAUUUCUGCUAUUUAUAAUGAAAAGAAGAGUCAGAUCAUAAGUGUAUGCCAGCAAGGAACCAUGAUUGUGUGGAUGAUUGAUACAGGUCAAAAGGUCAAACAGUUCAACAAUAUUCAUGGUACAUCAGAAGUCACAUGUUUAGCUCAAGAUAGUUUUGGUUCCAAAAUUUACACAGGUGGAACUGACGGUCUAGUCAAGGAAUGGGAUUUCAAUGGUCAUUGUUACCACCAGUUGGAAUGUGCUGGUGGUCAGCCUGCUGAUAUUGGUCAAACCUUAAUACUCAAAAGAUCAGUAGUUUCUGUAGGAUGGACAAAAUACAUAACACUAUUCCGUAAUGCAGCAUUUAGAGAGCACCAUGUUCAACCAUCAGAUUGGAAAGGAGGCCAGGAACACGUAGAAGAUAUUUUAUGCAUAGCCUACUCAGGACCUAAUUUGCUUGCCACAGGAUCUUACGAUGGAGAAAUUAUUGUGUGGAACCUAGGAUCAGAACAAGUGUCGAAAAGACUAAAUCUGAGAUGUCGCAGAGUUUUAUUGAAAGGCAAAAGUAAUGUUGGUGCAAUGAGCCGUGAGGCUACACAUAUGUCAACAAAGAGUCGACCCAGGUCAAGAGCUUCACAAAGACAGGAAGAUUCCAAUGAUUUUGGCUAUGCGGUAACCCGGUUACUAUUUUUAGAAGAGAGAAAGCACCAAUCUGCAGGAGGUGGAGCUAACUUGGUUAGUUGUGGUGGUAAUGGAUGGGUCAGAUUUUGGAAUACAGCUAGAUCAGAAUUGAUGGCAGAGUUUGUUGCUCAUACACAUGCUGGUAGUAUUAUAAUGGCCAUUGAUGCACAGAACAGAUAUUUAGCCACAGGCGAUGUUGAUGGUAAUGUAAAGGUCUGGGACAUCAGAGAAUAUUGUUUACAUCAGCAAGACGAAAUUGUAACAGCGCCACCUAAGCUAAAAAGUCAGUUCCAACCUCACGUAGAUAUGAUUAAUACCUUAGAGAUGUGUGAACGUAAUGGUAGAACGUUAGUGAUAUCAGCUUCGUCAGAUUGUGGUGUGGCAGUGUAUGACUUCCUAGGCAAGAGGAUUGGUACCUGUGGUCAGGAGGAGCAUUGGAAAGUGGAACAAUUUGACCCAGCAGAAGAGAUAGAGGAAGAGGAAGAAGAAGAGGAGGAAGAACAGGAGGAGAAAGAGACAGAAGAAGAGAAGCCAUUACUGGAUCAGGACUGGAAACCAGAUGAAAGAGCAAUAUCUGAUUUACAGGGAUACAGGAUACAUGUCUGGGACAGUACCAUUCUAGGAAAAGAAUAUCAAGAAACAAGAACAAAGAAAAGAGAGAGAAAACAGCCUGGAAAUAUUCCAGAUUUACCUUACCUUCAUUGGGAGAGAACAGGACACGCACCUGCUGGACCGUACUCUGCAUUAGAAACAAAGGAAUUACAAGACCUGGAGAAUUUGAAAGUCUCCAAACAAGAUUUUAACUAUGUACCUAAACGUAAAGAUAGUCAUUUGAGGCUGCCUAAAUUGCCUAAUCUUGUCGAUACUUUACAACAGCCUAUCCCAGAGAAGGAGAUUUUCCCUAAGUACAUCCUUGACUUCGAAGCCAAGAUGAAAAGUUACCAUAAAAUGCAGUUAGAACAACAAAACCAGCCUAUCAACAUCAGGAAUAAAUUAGCUGGAAGUUUGGCCAGUGGAUUGACAAAGUCUAGUCUACAGAAUAUAGGACAAAUGAUUGGACAAAAUACUUCUGUUUCUACUAAAUCACGAUCUGUUAAAGGACAUAAAAUGAGCCGAGGAGUCUCUAGGCGAACAUCUGUGGUGUCAAGUGUUGAUGCUUCAGUCAUGUGAUAUAAUUUAAUUUUGAUUGGACAAAAUAAUUCUGUUUCAGUAAACUUCAAGGACUAAAAGUGAUCUAGGGCAUAAUCACAACAAAUAUUUAUCAUGCCUCUACUUUGUGAUUUGUCUCUUUGUUUUUUGACUAGAUGAUCUUCAGUUUGUGUUAAAUAACACAGAUUUUCAUUGGAUAACACUUUUCAGUUUAUGUGCUUCAUAAAUCAUGAUCUGUGUAUAAGAUCUCAAAACAACAAAUAUUUUUGAUGUCAAGUUUUGAGGCGUGUAAUACUGAUUGUGAUUGGCUGUCUUAGCCAUGCAAUACUUUCAAAACUGAUUAUCAUUGGUUACAACUAUCAUGUAGUAUCAAUAUGGAUUGAAUACUCAAGAUGGAAAUUAAAGCAAGAUUUAUUUUGUUCUGAUGAUAAAAAAUAAGUUAUGAAAUUAAAAUUUCUAAAAGAUGAUGUUAAAGAGGAUUUCUUUUGCAUUAUCUAAUGAACUUUCCAAUGGCAUUCAGAUGUAUCAGUUAUAUUAUUUUUUAUUAAUUGUCAUAUAUGCUUUAUUGAGCUGUGAUAAAGGAAAGUUUUAAAUAUGACAUGAUUUGAUUAGGAAUUAAUACCUUUUACUGCCAAGUCAUAAACAAAUGAAUAUUGUUUAAAGAAUACAACUUUUUUUCUAAAGUUUAGUUGUUAAUUGAUUUUGGCAGUUAAUGAAGAAAUUUGUGUAAGUUGACCUUCAAUAUGGUGGCAAAGGGAAAUAACUCUUAUCCAAAUCAUUUCAAUCCAAAACUAUCCAUAUGUAACAUUAAUAAAAAGAAAUUUAUUGAACUAAACUGCAUAUAGAAAGACAUUCAAGUUUUUAUUAUUUAAAACUGCCAUAUAAAUGUUAAAUUGGACUGUGAUAUUAAAUAUAUUCUGUUAUAUGCAUGAACUAAUGAUGAGUAAUUGUAAUUAUAUUUAUUAUAUUUUCUUGUUAAUUUUUUUUAAAUCUAUAUGUCUAUUGUGAUAAUGAAAAAACCUCAAUGUUUAUUUGUUUAUUUUAAAAAUAUCUAUUUGAUAUUCAAAUCUUACGAUUUUUUAAAUAUCUUGUAAAAACUAAUGAAGCAUUAAAAGGAAAAUGUCUUUU